CUAAACGAAUAGGCGACGGCAGGAGAAUAUAGCGAGAUAGGCUACGACGUCGUUUUUAUACAAGAAGUUAUUUUAUAACGGCAGGAAGUAGCAUCUAGCAUCAAGUUGAACUUUCGUCCAGAAAUUCUCGAACAUUUCCCUGACUGGACUGGACCGGACCGGAAUUCUUAGAAUAAGCAAAUGCCCUAAUUCGCUAGCAGGAACUUUUUAUAGACAGCUGAAAAACCAACCGACUAACAGCUUCAAUCGAUGGCGGAAGAUCACCGAUUGAUAUGGGAGUCAUCGCAACCGGAAUCCAUGGUCUCCGCAACUGUUGGCCGGGUCAUGAGCACUCUGCUCGGCGCUCGCCCCAAAAAACUCUACGACGCCGUUUCUCGCCUUUCCUCGGGCCCUAAUAGAGCCUCACCCGGUUCGUUGGAGGACUCUCUCUGGUUUUUGCACAAGUACGUAAAAGACGCCGCUGAGGACAAGGAAGCAUUGGAUCAUAUUCUUGUUCCUAUGAUUGAACACUCAUUGAGGUGCAAGGAGCCGAGGAAUGGAGGCCAGGUUCUAAUACUUAUUAACUGGCUCUUUCAAGAUGAACUUCUUUUCCAAGCUCUGGCGACGAGUCUUGCUAACGUGUUCGUGAUAAAAGAAGACCGUUAUAUCGCUCUCGGCUGGUGCAUUCUUGUCCGCAAUCUUCUCGAGUAUGAGAGCUCCAGUUCUCAAUAUUCAAUGAUUGGAAUAAGGGAGAGGUUCACUGAUCUGUUGAAGAUACUUUGUUCGAGUAUGUCACAUCUGUUAAGUAUUGUAUGUAAAGGAAGCACUUUGCAGGGUGGAUUUGAGUUACCAUCUCGUCUUGCAGUAUCCGCUGCUGAUUGUCUUUUAGCUCUUACUGAAGCAUUGACAAAAAAAGUUCCAAGUAACAGAAUGACAUCAAAUUCAGCUCUGAAUCGGCCAAUUUCUUUAGUGCCGUCGUCUACUCACAAGAAAGCACAAGCAGUCUCAAAGUCUUCAGAAGUCUCAAACAUGGACAUGGAAUAUUUAUUUUGGGAUCAUUUAGAGGAACUCAUAAAUUUAACACAGAGACUCCUUGCUUGGAGUAGGAAAAGUCGGCCUUUACAUGCUAAAGGGUUGGAGAAAGUGAUCAAGUGGUUGCAAGAGAUAAAAGGUCAUUAUGGCUGCUUUCAAGAUGAGGCAGGCUCAAAGAUUCUCAAGACUGGAGUAAUGUUACUCUCUUCUUGUUGGAAGCAUUAUGGCUUGCUAUUGCACUUGGAAGACCCGAAAUUUUCUCAGCAUUACAAAAACUUGUUGGACCAGUACUUAUCUGGCAUCCAGUACUAUACAGACAACCAUACUGGAGGGCACACUGAUGAUAAGGAUGGUGGUGCAGAGACCAGGAAAUUUUUUCUGAAUUGUUUAUGCCUUCUACUGGGUCGUUUAGAUAGCAAGAAAUUUGAAGCCACGACUGUGGAAUAUGGGAUGCAGAUAUCAGACGUUCUUUUACCACAGCUUCAUUGUGCUGAUGAAGAUUUGAUAGACGGAGUUGUUUGCAUAUAUAAGGCAGUCAUUUUCAAGUGCUAUUCAUCUGGAAGCAGUGUCACUGACACUAGACUGAUGGAUUCUGUGCUACCACUGCUGCUUCGCCUUCUAGACGAGCGGGAUGGCACAGCUAGAGCUGUUGUUAUGCUCAUAGCAGAAUACUGCUCAGUGAGCAGAGAUAGUCAGUGCGUUCAAAAAGUUCUUAAGCGAAUUGCUUCUGGGAAUGUUCUGCAGCGAAGAAAUGCUGUUGAUGUUUUGUCCGAACUUGUUCAUAUAUCAUCUGAUUCAAUGAAUAAACUUUCUCAUUUGGCAUGGCAAGAUAUAGGAAACAAAUUGCUAGAAUGCCUAGGAGAUGAGGAAAGUAUUAUUCGUGAGCAGGCAUCUAGUUUGCUUCCAAUGAUAGACCCGUCAUUAGUUUUUCCAGGACUUGUUCAUCUUGUUUAUUCUUCAGAUGAAAGAGUCCAUUCAUCUGCUAGUGAUGCCUUCAUUAGGGUGCUCAAAUAUCAUAAUCAGAAAUUUGAAGUUAUCUGUAUGCUGCUUGACUCUCUGAGCAACCUAAAUGCAAGCCUAGAUUUUCAGCAAACUACAGGAGACAUAGGGGAAGGAUCAAAGUUUGAUAGUGAUCGAGUGCUUGGGCUAAUCCCAGAGUGGACAAAAAGUGUUCAAGACUGGAACUGUUUGAUUGGACCAUUGAUUGACAAGAUGUUUGCAGAGCCGUCAAAUGCAACUAUUGUUAGGUUUCUGAGUUAUAUAAGUGAUCACCUAGGAGAAGCUGGUGAUUUCGUCAUCCAUCGCGUUUUAUUACAUGUGAAAGGACAGCGAGAGAUUGAUGAAAGCUUAUUAGCCAGACCAGAGAGCAGAACCUAUGCCAAUCAUGAUUCUGUGCAAAUGCAGCAAUACUUGUUUGAGCGCCUUUGCCCAUUACUCAUAAUUAGGAUGCUUCCCCUGAGAAUCUUUGAUGAUCUUAAUUCAGCCAUUAUGUAUGAUAAACUUCUAAUUCAAGGCAUUAUGCAUGGGGAUGAAGAUAGCAACAAUCAUGAGAGUGCUGCUGCUCUCCUUCUAAACAGGGCAUUUCGUAAGUUUGAAUUUGACGAUGUACGAAAACUUGCUGCUGAGCUUUGUGGUCGCAUUCACCCCCAAGUUCUAUUUCCAAUUCUUUGCACCGAGUUAGAGCAUGCAGCAGCUUCUCAGGAUAUACUGAAGAUAAAAGCUUGUUUGUUUUCAGUCUGCACUUCCCUUAUGAUCAGAGGCAGGGAUUCAGUUACCCAUCAUUUCAUGUUCAAAAUUAGGAAGACGCUAGAAACCAUGCUCCUAUGGCCUUCACUGAAUGGGGAUGAAAUUUCCAAAGCACAACAUGGAUGCAUUGAUUGUCUAGCAAUGAUGAUAUGUGCUGAAUUCAAAACUCCAGAAUCAUUUGCCUCCACCUCAGAGAAGAUUACCAUUCCUGGAAAGAAAGGGAAUGGUGCCUCAAAAAAUUCUACGCUUACUUAUGUGAUCCAUCAAUUUGUACAAAAUAAGGACGAAGAUGUUUCAACCUCUGAUUUGAGUAAUGAAAUCAGUGCAAUUGAAGCAACAGUCCAACUCCCUUUUCGUUUGUGCAUGGCUAAUGUUCUCAUCAGUGCUUGCCAGAAGAUAUCAGACUCUGGGAAGAAACCCUUCGCUCGGAAGGCUCUUCCAUCUCUCAUCCGUUCUGCUGAGGUGAUAAUGCAGCCAGAGAUUAGAGCUGCAUGCAUCCAGGUUCUCUUUUCAGCUGUCUAUCAUCUGAAGUCUGCAGUUCUCCCUUACUCACUGGAUCUGCUUAAACUCUCACUAAAAGCUCUCAGAAAAGAAUCAGAAAAGGAAAGGAUGGCAGGUGCAAAGUUAGUGGCAUCUCUCAUGGGAAGUGAUGAUGUGAUUUUGGAGAGUAUAUCGGGAGCACUAUUAGAAGCAAGAUCUGUACUUUCAAGUGUAUCGUUGACGGAUGCCUCCCUUGAGCUACGACAAGUAUGCAAAAAGUUGCUGAUAUGCAUGACUUCAUAGAAGAUAGAACGAGCUAUUUGGUUUGUGAUGAAAUUAAUAA